UAAGUGUCUCAAGUUUAAUGCAACUUUGUAUUAAAGUUAGUACAAAGUUAAGAUAGUUAUUUUAGGACGGAGGGAGUACAUAUAUAAAUCUCGACCAAAGAUCUCUUCUAGUGUGUUUUUUUUAAAAGAUGUUCCUCUCCAAAAGUAUCGAUAGAUAAUGACCAGCUUAUGCAUGUUGAAAAAUAGCAGCAUAGACUUUGAAGGGAGCCAUGAUGUAAUUAUAAAAGCACGCUGCUGUGCGUAAACCUUGAGCUUGAUGAGCAUGCACUCAUCCAAUCGUGCAUGCUUUUUGAGUAGUUCCACCUUCCUAGCCACAAACAGCUUUCCGGCGAUGACCAACAUGAAGCGGGCGUCAUUCCUUCCGCCCCUCCUCCUCCUCCCCCUAUUUGGCCUCGCCGUCGCAACCUUUGCCGCCGGCGAUGACCGAUUCAUCUUCUCCGGCUUCACGCAAUCCAGCCUAGCCCUCGACGGCAGUGUCGUGGUCACUCAGGGCGGCCUCCUCGACAUGUCCAACGGCACAAACAAUGUCAAAAGCCACGCUCUUUACCCCGCUCCUUUGCACUUCCGCAAUUCAUCCGACGGUAAAGUGCAAUCUUUCUCGGCGGCCAUCGUCUUUUGUAUCGUCGGCGCAUACCCUGGCGUGAGCGCUAACGGCAUGGCCUUCUUCAUCGCUCCAAGCAAGAAUUUCUCGGACGCGCUGCUGACGCAGUACUUUGGGAUCUUGAAACCGAACAACAAUGACAACCUCUUUGUCAUUGAAAUCGACACCUUCCAGAACCCCGACAUCCAAGACAUCAACGACAACCACAUCGGCAUCGACAUCAACAGUGCUUUGUCCUUGCAAUCCCACGCGGCUGGAUUCUAUGAGGACUCCAAUGGUGCCUUCAAGAACCUGACGUUGAAUGCCCAAAUAGAGCUGCAGCUGUGGGUGGACUAUGAGGAGGAAGGAACAAGGAUCAAUGUGACCUUGGCUCCACUUCAUGUGGGAAAACCCUCGAGGCCAUUGUUGUCUGCAACCUAUGACCUCUCAACCGUGCUCACGGACACGGCGUAUAUUGGUUUCUCAUCCACGGCUGAAAUUAUGAACACCCGUCAUUAUGUUCUUGGAUGGAGCUUUGGCAUGAACAGGCAAGCAGCUCCGUCCAUUGACAUCUCCAAGCUUCCAAAGGUGCCGCGUCUACGACAAAAGGCCCAGUCCAAGCUCUUGGCGAUUAUCCUCCCAAUAGCCACUGCAGCACUGAUCAUCUCUAUUGGCACCGUUGUCAUUCUGACGGUGCGAAGGAGAUGGAGGUAUAUGGAGGUGCGCGAGGAUUGGGAGAGCGAGUUCGGUCCACACCGAUUCUCAUACAAGGAUUUAUUCCAUGCUACUCAAGGAUUUAAGAGCAUGAACCUAGUUGGAGCAGGAGGGUUCGGAGAGGUAUACAAAGGGGUGCUUAAAUUGUCCAAGAAGGAGAUCGCCGUCAAGAGAAUGUCCCAUGAGUCAAGACAAGGGAUGAAGGAGUUCAUCACCGAGGUUGUUAGCAUCGGCAAGCUGCGGCAUCGCAACCUAGUGCAGCUACUUGGUUAUUGCAGGCGGAAAGGUGAACUGAUGUUGGUGUAUGACUACAUGUCAAAUGGUAGCCUCGACAGACUUAUACACCAUCAAGAAGACGGCAAGUCCACCUUAAAUUGGGCUCAGAGGUUUCAGGUCAUCAAGGGUAUUGCUACCGGCUUGCUCUACCUCCACGAGAAGUGGGAGAAAGUCGUGGUCCACCGAGACAUCAAGGCAAGCAACGUCCUCCUCGACGAUGAAAUGAACGGGCGGCUCGGGGACUUUGGCCUCGCGCGGUUAUACGAUCAUGGCGCCGAUCCACAGAGCACACACAUGGUCGGCACGAUGGGGUACCUUGCCCCCGAGCUAGUGCGCACGGGCAAGGCGUCCCCUCGCACCGACGUGUACGCCUUCGGCAUGUUUCUUCUUGAAGUUACAUGUGGGCAAAAACCUAUGAAGCAAGAUGCAGAGGGAAACCAGGUUUUCUUGGUGGACUGGGUCCUGGAGCACUGGAACAACCGAAUGCUUAGCAAGACGGUGGACGCACGGCUCCAGGGUGACUACGGCGUUGACGAAGCGUGCCUCGUGCAGAAGAUAGGACUUUUGUGCCUGCACCCGUUUCCUGGUUCAAGGCCUAGCAUGCGGGAGGUCGUGCAGUACCUCGACGGCGAGACCCCGCUGCCGGAGCUGAAGACGACGCAGCUGAGCGUGGACAUGCAGGGGUUGAUGCAGGACAACGGGUUCAGCACCACCGUCAUGUCUUAUCCCCAGCUCAUGUCCAGCUUCGGCGCAGUGUCCGACCUCUCUGGUGGACGAUGAUAUUCAUGGUGUUUAUGACUGUUCUCGUCUUGCAUGUUCUAGCUUGGCAUACAAGUAUUAUCAAUUAGAUGCUCACAUAUCUCUGCACUUAUGCUUACUAUUAUUGGAUGGGUUUUUCAGAGGAAAUCUUUUUUUUUAGGAAUUUGGAGAGGAAUCCAUCCUCGUGGAAAAUGCAUGUGAUCCUGUUUAAGAAAACAUAUAUUCUAUUUCUAAAUAGCUACAACCCUUUAUAGACAUGCAAGUGUGACACAUGAGCAACUCAUGCAUAUAAAUCAUAAAUUACAUUGUUUUUUCAUUACUCUAUGCAUGCAAGCACCACAUCAUUAAUUCAUGCAUGUUACUCUUAAGUUAUUUUUUGCAUUAGAUUUUGUAUUGAUAAUAUAUGUGUUGAUCGCAUGUAUCAUACAUAUCUAGUUCAUAUUUACAUUAUUGUUAAAAAUGACAUUCUUUUUACUGCAUUUUUUCUCUUUUUAUACUCUUUAUAUUUCAUUUUCAUUUGUAAGCUUACAUUCACUUUCCAUAAGUUACAUAUGUUUUUUAACAACU